CUAUUUCCCUACCGCCUCGCUGACAAUACCUGUUAACUCCGUCAUCCACCAGUGUAUGACGAUUCAACCGAAAGCACUCAAUAUACAUGUUUGACUGGACCUCAUUGGCUUCCAGGGCUUUAUUACUCCUCAUACUUGUUUACUCGUCAUCUUUCAUGUUUUCGUCGAAAAAAUGGAGUCCAAAGGGGUUGCACGUCUAUAUUACAGGCGGCAGCCAAGGUCUCGGACUUGCACUCGCCAAACUCGUCGCGCGAAAAGGUGCCCACGUCUCCAUAGUAGCAAGAACCCAAAGCAAACUCGACGAUGCUUUAAAAGAGCUUGAGGCCAAUCGCCAAAGCCCAGACCAAGUCUUCAAAGCCUUUUCCUUCUCCCUCGACACCGCAAAGGAGUCUGCUGCCGCUCUCCAAGCUGCUAGCGAUGCCCACGGCGGCAAAGUUCCAGAUGCCGUUUUCGCAUGCGCAGGUGCUGCAAAACCGAUGUACCUCCUUGAAAUGCAGCCAGAGGACCUCUCAAGUGGAAUGACGAAUGGGUACUGGAUACAGGCGUGGUCCGCAUUCGCUGCUGCUAAACAAAUGGUGCGCGAGAAUAAGAAGGGGAAGAUCGUGCUGGUGUCUUCGACGCUUGGAUAUAUGUCUUUGAUUGGAUAUUCUUCGUAUUCGCCUGCAAAACAUGCUCUGCGUGGACUGGCUGAUUCAUUGCAUUCAGAACUAAUGUUGUAUGGUAUCGAUACUCAUAUCUUCUUCCCUCCGACAAUGUAUACCCCUGGGUUCGAAGAAGAAAACAAGACGAAGCCGGCUAUUACUAGAACGAUUGAGUCGGCGGAUGAAGGUCUGACAGCGGAGCAGGCUGCUGCUGGAUUACUCUCAGGUGUCGAGAAAGGUCAUGCGCACAUCACCGCUGAUCUCAUUACGAGCUUGUUUCGAGCUUCAACGCGUGGUUGUGCACCUAGAAGCAACGCUGCUCUCGAUUUCGUGUUGGAUUUGGUUGCUCUUGUUGGCAUACCAAUUUGGAGACGCUCGGUUGACAAGCAAGUGCUUGCACAUCGCGCUGAACAUAGGGAGUAUUUGAGGACAAAGGGAUUGGUUGAUUGAGCCUCCAGUAGGCAAACCAAUUGAAUACAUGCAUGAUAGUGACUCGUCAUUGCGCAGAAUGAAACGAAAAGACACUGUCAUGUUUAGUAGAUGACGAGUGCAGUGCGCUACUAGGACAGAGCAAAUACAGUUAAUAUACACUUUAUCCUUA